UUGAAAUGGUGUAAUGUUAAGUUAUUCCAGUUUUCCUACUUUAGUGUUUGAUGAGAGUUGAGGGCUCUCAAGGAUCGUUUUGCUAUUGAAUCUUGGUCAAGCAUUUGAGUCAAACUUAUUCAAUGAUAAAGAGGAGUUUCCUCAAUAAUGCAUUAAGGUACUAAAUUUGGAUGUGGUUAGAGCAAGCAGUCAUUGAAGUAGUCGCUACACGAAGAACUUCAUCAUAAAAUAUUGGAAACACCAUAAAAUAUUGAAAACAAAAAGAUAUAUUCUCAUUUGUCGAUCAAACAUAUCGUUAGCUCCUUUGAACAAUAUGGGUGGUAAGAAUCUUAUUCUCAUUUCAAAAUUGAUUAAAAUGUUUGAUAUGGGUUGGUAAGCAGUAAAAAGACUAAGACUACAUAUCAUAUGAUGUGAUUGAAGGAUUGAUAAAAGUAGUCUCAAAGAAGACUAGUAUGAAAUUCAUGCAUAUGUAUUAUUUUCGACACAAGUUAAUUAAUUAUUUAUGUCUUGUGAUUCACGCACUUCAUGAAUAUUUUUUCAUGCAAUCCCAUUUAUGAUCGAUUGAAUUUUUUCAUUUAUCGAUCGAUUGAUUUUUUUCAUGUGAUUUCACUAAUCUCGUCAAUCAUUCUCUAUUGCAUGAUUAAUAUUUAAUAAAAGAUUUUUAAUGGUACAAAUAAAAAUUAUCUAUCAUUGUAACUAAAAAAAUGAAAUUUAUAAAAUAAGAUCUUAGCACCGCUUGUUCCAAAUUUGGUUUUCUAGGUCAUUUCAACUCAUAGAGAGCGAGGGAGGUAGCAAUGGAGCAAUAGCAAGUGGAAAAGAAAGAGUUGCAUACGAAGAAUUUUUUUUUUUGGUGACCCAAAGAAUGCUAUUAUUCUCCCGAAGUUAGUAGGUAUGACGUAUUAUUUCCCUUACUAGUUUAUGUUUUUGGGGUGUGAAAAUAUUUAUUUGAGUUGAUACAUGGGGGAUCUUUGUGAACGUUGUGUUUUUAUUUUGAUGAAAGUGUAAGGAUUAAAGUCAAACUUUUUCAUCACUUUCAGUUCGAACAAAAACUGUAGACAAAGGUUUCAAGAGGAAGAACAAAGUAAUAACAAUGGUGGACAUGCAAUUACAACUUAGUUUUAAGUCUUAAUUCGAAGCUCUGGACAUGAAAUUGUUGUACCAUAUGAACUCGAGUAGGCUAGUUAAAAAUUUUCGUGGGCCUAAUUAACAGACUCACUUUCUUUUCAUCGGACUCAUAUAAUUUCCUUAAACACGUUAACUUAGGAUUUUUGUUAUUUGCAUCGAUCAAACAUAUAGACUUUAUUUGCUCUAAAAUUAGUGUUUCACAUCUUCAAUUGCAUGUGUAGAUGAUUAAAUACAAUUCUUAAACAAUAGCUCGUGCUCGGCCCGACUAUCGUUCUUAGGCCCAUUACACAACACGCAUGAAAAAUGAGGGUUUUCUUCCAUAAUCAUUCUUCACGACAACAAAUUGAGUUGAUUGCUGUUGGAUUAAUCAUCAAUUGGUUCUUGUAAGGUUUUUCAAAAGUUUGUGAUGGUACCUUGGCUUAAAGAUGAACAUACCAAUUACUUUUCACCAACAGGAAAAAAAGAUACUAAUAUAUUGGAAGAAAAUAUCAUUGAAAAAGUGCAAACAAAGUGGUAUAAAUUGUAAUAAAUCACAUUCUUUUUCAUUCACACACAAAAAAAAAAGAAUUAAAAAAAGAGAAAUAAUUCUACUUUUUAGGUAAAAAGGUAAAAAAGGCUUAAGAAAAAAGUUAAAUUUUGAAAACAAAGUUCUUGUUUCUUAACAAUGCACAGUAAUAUGAGCGACACAAAAUAAAUUAUCUACGCUAAUACUACCCUUCAUCCUCCUCUACCUAUAUCUCUAGGUAAUGAGACAAAUAGGUCUUGACCAAUGAAGGCUUCGGUCCCCUCGAACAGUCAGCACCAAGAAACGAAACUUGUAUCACCUUACCUAUCCCCCAUCCCCACUCUUUCCUGUAAGAGUUGCGGAUGAAAAAGUAGUUUGUCCCCCUUGUGGUGUUUUAUACCUUGCAAUGACAGCAACAUGGAACAUUGCAGUCUCGGUAUCUAUUUUUAACUUUUUCAAGUAUUCAUAGACAUAUGUGAUUGUGAUUACAUCCUUCGUUCAUAGUUCUUCCAAACGUUUUGCUAAAUGACAAUCUUUUCUUCUUUGCCUUUACAUUUUCUUUUCCUUAAGAUUUUACCUCUACUUCUACUUCUACUUUGCUGGGUUUAUAAAUUUUUAUUAUGUAUAAGUCUUAUUUCCUUUCUACUGAGCCUUCGUCAUUGAAGAUUCCAAGAUAUUAAAAAAAACACUAUUAAUAAGCACAAAUCAAUAAAAAGGGUAAUCUAAUAGUCAGCAAGAAAAGAAGAUUGAAAAAUGUCCACUUACCACGUCCAUGUAGAAAAUGGUCGGGUUAUUUAAAAAAAAAACAACAUCAGCCUGAUCAUAUAGCCUUCUCAGCAGACCAAUCUAUUUCGCAUUGUCAGUGUCAACACAUAUGAACAACAAACCACCAACUCUCGAACCAUACUUUUUAGUAGAUUUUUUUCAUAGUACUGAAUCACUCAAAUAAGUCCAUGUAAUGGACAUAUUUUUUAACUUCAGACUAACACUCUUGUUUAUGGUGCUCUUUCUAUUGGCAUACUUAUUUUUGUCUCGGUUGUACUCGGUAUGAUUAAUAUGAGCUCUUCUGAAUAGCACAGUCACAUUUCGUCACCAGACUGUUUCAAAUUAUUCACCGUCUCUGUAAAUGAGGUUACAGCUAUAGCCCAGCAUAUAUCUGAGGGCGCACUUACUGAUGAGAAUGUAGCUAUAGCCCAGCAGACAUCUGCAGGCACACAUAUUGAUAAGGCCGUUUCAAAUUGUUUAGCGCCUCCUUAGUAGCUGAGGCUAUAGCUAUUGUCCAACAAAAAUUAUAGGACACACUUCCUUACGAGAUUAUUUCAUAUUAUUCAACGUCUCUGUAGUCGAUACUAUAACGACGACCCAUCAAAUAUCUAAGGGCCAAUAAAUACAUACAAUAAGUCUACAGUUGGUACUCCACAAAAGGUCAAAAGAUAAAAAUUUCAUAUAAAACUUAUUCUUAUUAGCUUUAUUUCUUAUUGCGGUGCUGAUAACUCCUUCUAUCAUCUUCAUUGAACUAUUUGGUUUUCUACUAUUUAUAGAAGUGUCAAAACUUACUCUCAUUAGCUUGGUUUCUAAUUUCCAUAAUCAUGUCAAGUACAUAAAAAACUAGAGAAAGCAUUUAAAUGGAUAAACAACAUACACAAGAGUGUUAGUUUUGGGUUGAAGAGAAUGUUCAUUGCAUGGACAUAUGUGAAGGAUUCAAGACUCUCAUAAGAAGAAAAUUAUUGAUAUGUAGUUGAGGAAGAGUUUAAUGAAUCUAUUAUGUAGGAAAAUAUACUCGAAAAAUAAGGCAUGAGUUGGUGACUUGCUGUGCAUCAGUGAUUGUGUUGAAAUUGAUCUGCUAACCAGCAUAUCGUUGGUAUUUUUGACACAACCAGAGCAUUUGCAACAUGGGACAAGGUAAGUGAAUUUCUUUUCAAUCCUUGUCUUUGUUGACUACUAGAUUAACCUUUGUUAUUUUUGUUUAUUUGUGCUUAUGAAUGAUGUUUUUGAAUAGGUUGAAUCUUCAAUGGUGAAGGAUCAAUAGAAAGGAAAUCAGACUUGAACAUACUGACCAUUUAUAAACCCAGUGAGACAGAAGGAGAAGCAAAAUGUAAAGAAAAAGGCAAAGAAGACAAGGUUGUCAUCCAAGCAUUAUGCUUGGAGGAACUAUGGAUGAAGGAUCUAACCACAAUUACAUAUGUCGAGGAAUACUUGGAAAGUUGAAAAUCGUUACCGAAACUACAAUCUAUCAUGCUGCAAUGAUUUCAAGGCACAAAACAUUACAAGGGAGGACAAACUACUUUUUAUCUGCAAAUUUACGGGAAACAAUGAGUGAUUAAGGGGAUAUGUGUGGCUAGAGGUUACAAUGGAUGGAUCCAUGGAUUGGCAGAUCUAUGGAUCCAAGGAUUGAAUCAUACAGAUUGGUGGAUUCAUCCACGAAUCAAAAUGACAUCCAGCCUUUUGACUAAUAUGUAAAUUUCAAAAAGUUUAGGUACUAAAAUAUCAUAAUAAUAAAAAAUAGGUACCAAAUUUUCAUAUAAAAAGAAAAUAAGCUUUUAGGAACCAAAUUGUGAAGUAUAAAAAAUAUAUGUAUUAAAUUGUAAUUUGCCAAUGAUACAUGAAUCCACCAAUAUAAUUGGAUUUGGAUUAGAUGAAUUAGAUGAGUUGAUAUUUUAGUGGAUGUAUUGGAUUGGUGAAGACCUAUUUGUAUCUAUAUUUAGAUCGAGGUAGAGGUAAAGGAAGAGGUAGAGGAGGAGAAGUAGUAUUACUCUAGAGAAUUUUUGUGUUGCUCACAUUAAGAACUUUGUUUUCAAAACUGAAUUGUUUCUCCUUAGGUCUCUUUUACCUUCUUACAUAAAAAUUCGAAUAUUUUCUACUUUCUUUUCUUUUUCGUGUAUGAAUGAAAAGAGAAGUCGGGUUAUUACAAUUUAUACCAGCUUGUUUGCGCUUUUUCGAUGAUCUUUCCUUUUUAGUGAUUAGUAUACUUUUUUUGUUUGUUGGUGAAACAUGGUCAGUAUGUAUAUCUUUAAGCCAAGGAACCGAGGUAGGCGGACUUUUGUCAAUCUUCUUUUCUUUGCUAACUACUAUAUUAAUCUUUGUUUUUUUUUUGUUGAUUUAUGCUUAUGAAUCGUGUUUUUGAAUAUUUUUGAAAUUUUCAAUGGCAAAGGCUCGGUAAAAAGGAAAUCAGACUUGGGCAUACUUAAGAUUCAUAAACCCGGCGAGGCAAAGCUAGAGACAAAAUGUAAAGAAAAGAAAAAUACAAUGAAGAGAAAGUUGUCAUCCAAGCAAAUGCUUGGAAUAACUACAUAUGAAUAAUGUAACUAUAGUAACUGAUGUCGAGGAAUACUUCAAAUAGAUAAAAAUCAAUAUGAAGACUGCAAUGUGUCAUGUUGCAAUCAUUGUAUGGUACAAAACAUCACUAGGGGGCAAAGUACUUUUUUUAUCCGUAACUCUAACAGAAAGAGUGGAGGGUUGAGGAGAUAUAUAAGAAAAUGAAGGCUUCAUUCCUUGGUGCUAAUGGUUCUGGGGUGAUUGAAGCCUUCAUUGGUCAAUGCUUAUUCAUAUCCAUAUCCAUAUCUAAAAGAAUCCAGACUUGGACACACUACAGUGAAAUCCAUGUAUUGCUGCAUCAAUUCCAACAUGUUUCCUGGGUGAGAUGGGCUUCCCUUAUAAAGUGUGAUUUGGAGGUCUCAAGUCCCAUCGAACGUUGUUGCUUUCCUCUGGUUGGUUAUUCACAAAAAGUUCCUUACUCACGACAACCUCAAGAGAAGAAGCUGGAGUAUUGCAAGCAUAUGUGUGUUGUGUAAUAGAGCAGAAGAGUCGGUUGAUCAUUUAUCUGCAGAUGUGAGUUUAGCAAGCAAAUUUGGGCGACGAUGCAAUCUAUCUUGGAUGUGAUGGGUCCAUUUUCGGGCACUAUUGAUGCAGUAAUUAGAGGAUGGUCUAUUAACAAGCAGGUUACUUCAAAAGAUUGGUUCAAGAACAGGCUGGUUCUUGCCGUUACUUGGGAAAAUUGAAAGGAAAUAAAUGCUAGAAGCUUCACGGACGAUUGGAGAUCAUGGAAAGUAAUUCCUUAUAAGAUCGGGAGGACUCUUCUCAAUUGGAGUACAACUCAUGGAGUUAUUAGCCUGCAGAAUGGAACAGUGUGGCCUGAUCUAAUUAAUCAAGUGCGUUGGAAUGUUUUUGUUUGUACUUUUGAUCUGAUUAGUUGAGGUUGUGGGAGUGUCUGUUCUCCCUGUGAUUUUCACUUCUUGGAAGGUUGUUGCUUUCUUUUCUUUCUUUUUCUUGGUAUUUUCUGAUAUGGGUCAUCCCCUUUCAGACUUGGAUCACUCCUGACGAUCUUUGGCUGUGGGAGAUGAUGUUUGUAUUUUUUUUCUCGAUCUAUUUCAAAAAUUUAUCCUUAUAUAAAAAUAUAAGUUUCACGACAUUCAAUACUUUUGACCAUUGUAUUAAAACAACCUAGGAAACAAUGAUUAUUAACUUUCACUUAUCUUACAGUAGUUAAUACUUGUAAGUUGUGACCACCGUAUUAAAGUACCCUAGAGAAUAAUGAUUAUCAAGUACCGUUUGAACUUUUAACCACGGCACCGUUAACCAUGAUUUUCUUACCGUAGUUAAUAUCUGUUUUCUUAAUAGACACCUUGGCUUUGGAUGCAUGUUAUAUCAUUGAGCGAAAUUUAUACCUCACCAUUUUGAAAUACAUUUGUAUUUUUUCGUCUCAUUCCAUUUUGUUAAAAAAAAAAAAAAUCCAUACAAUAAACAUUGUUGAACUACUUCUAUUUAUCAGCCUAAGGAAUCCCGAAACACCACCAUCAACUUACAAAUCUGCAACUAUCGUGGAGAAAAACAACUAGCAAACUCUCGCCAAUGUCAACAAGUUCAUCCAUAUACAAUGACAUCAUUCUACCAAACCGCGACAAAUUAAAUUGCAUAGGAAUGGUUGGGCAGGUCCGGGGGUUCUUGGUAACAGACCCGUCUCGUGGCAGGUCGGGUAAUUUACCACGGGUCGUAGGUCGGGGCAGGUCGAUCCAAUGGGUAUGCAAUUUAUAUGAAAAACAUUAGAAAUAUUCGUUAUUUUUAUUAUAAGACCAAGAAAACAAACAAUAUUAUGAUAAAUGUAGUUAAAUUAUUAGAGAAAUUGAGAUUUUCACUAAUUUACAACUUUAUUAUAUCUAAAUUAUCAUGUAAUAAAUGAAAAAUUCUAAGUAAUUUAACUAAGAUUACAUGUAAUUUAGGCAUGAACGGGUCGAGAAUGGGGCGGGUCAGGACAGGUCGAUGAGAGUACCCAUGCCCGCCCUGCUCCGCCUACGGGGCGGGUCAGACCCGCCCAAAACAGGUCGGGUAAAACGGGUCAGGUCAAAAUUGUCAUCCCUAAAAUUGCAUAUACAAUUCUGUGCACUUUGAAUCAGUGGAUUUUCAAAAUUCAAAGGACAUCUGCCUACCAUUGUGAUGGAUCUCUUAGACACCACCUUAUAUAUCCAUGUCAUUGCACUAUCUCUAAAAAUGCGUUGGUCGCAUUCGAGCCAAAUGCAGAAAGACUACUCGUGAACAGUGGCGGAGCCACUUGGAGAGGAAGGGGGUGCUAGCACCCCCUUGGGUUUGGAGAAAAAAUUUCCGAGUAGGGGUAUAUACAAAUUCGAACCAAUGACCAUUCAGUUGCAGGAAGAAUUUUUUAUCAUUUCGAUCGAGUGAGUUUUGUUAUGCAAUGCACUUUCGUCUUUAUUUAUAGUAAUAAAUUGUUGUCUUUUGU